CGGAAAUCGAUAGAGAUAACACGGACGAGGACGGAGGAUCGCGUUCCGGAAAGUUCCAGAACCAAAUUAAUUUCUUUAACGUUGGCAGUUGGUACUGUGGCGACGGAAGGAAAACUGCAAAUAGUUGUAACUGGUACUUUCUGCCGGCACAUUGUGUGAGGUGUAUUUACGAGUUUUCAGUGAAUUUCCAUUCCAUUCAUCGCAUUUAAACCGGAACGCACGUACAAUUAACACGAGGGAAUAAAAUGGCAGCUAUGUCAGUAAUUGGUAUCGACUUUGGCAGUGAAUCCUGUUAUGUAGCUGUAGCUAAAGCAGGUGGAAUUGAGACCAUCGCCAAUGAUUACAGUUUAAGGGCUACACCAUCAUGUAUUGCCUUUUCUGGAAAGAACCGUAUUCUUGGAGUUGCUGCAAAGAACCAGCAAGUAACCAAUAUGAAGAACACAGUUUAUGGUCUGAAAAGAUUGUUGGGCAGGAAAUUCAGGGAUCCUCAUGUACAGAAGGAGCUGAAGAUACUUCCAUACAAUGCCAUUGAAACAGCUAAUGGAAACAUUGGUAUUAAGGUAAACUACCUUGGCGAAGAACAUGUUUUCUCGCCGGAACAAUGUUUGGCUAUGUUGAUUACCAAACUCAAAGAUGAUUCGAUGCACGCACUCCAAACGCCAAUCAAUGAUUGUGUCAUCUCCGUUCCCUCUUAUUUCACGAACAACGAGAGAAAGGCCCUUCUUGAUUCUGCUGCAAUCGCAGGUUUGAACGUGUUGCGACUCUUCAAUGAAACAACGGCGACAGCACUCAGCUACGGCAUUUACAAGCAAGAUUUGCCAGCACCCGAGGAGAAACCGAGGAACGUGAUCUUCGUCGAUUGCGGCCAUUCGGCCCUCCAAGUGUUUGCGUGUGCAUACCACAAAGGCAAAUUGCGUAUGCUUGCAACUGCUUCUGACCCUAACUUUGGCGGUAGGGAUAUUGAUCUCAUCCUUGCUGAAUACUUCUGCAAAGAAUUUCAAACGAAAUACAAAAUUGACGCGAGGACCAAUGCCCGUGCAUUCACCCGUCUGCUGGCAGAGGUCGAAAAGAUAAAGAAACAAAUGUCCGCGAAUCAAACGACCUUACCAUUGAAUAUCGAAUGUUUCAUGGAAGAUAAGGAUGUCCAUGGCACCGUAAAAAGGGCGGAUAUGGAGGAGUUAUGCGCCCAUCUUUUUGAGAAAGUUGAGGUGACAUUAGCCUCUUGUCUAGAAAAAUCAGGUCUUCAAGUGGAUGAUAUCCAUUCAGUUGAAAUUGUUGGUGGAUCUACUAGAAUUCCAGCUAUUAAACAGAGAAUAGAAAAAGUUUUCCAAAGAACACCUAGCACCACAUUGAAUCAAGAUGAAUCUGUUUCUCGCGGUUGUGCUCUUCAAUGUGCGAUGUUAUCACCGGCCGUACGUGUACGAGAAUUCAGUAUUACUGAUGUGCAGGAUUAUCCAAUUAGUGUAUCUUGGGAAGCUGGUGUUGAUGGUGAAAACGCUGGAGAAGUCGAAGUUUUCCCUGUAAACCAUGCAGUUCCAUUUUCCAAAAUGUUGGCGUUCUACAGGCAAGAGCCAUUCUCUAUUCAGGCCAAAUACUGCGGAGAUAUUCCAUAUCCAGAUAAAUAUAUUGGCACCUGGGUUGUGAAAGACGUUAAACCAUCUGCCGAAGGAAAAUCUCAGAAAAUUAAAGUCAAAGUUCGCGUUAAUAUCCAUGGCAUUAUGACGGUCAGCAGUGCAUCGCUGAUUGAAAGCAAAGAGGAAUCAAUGGAAACUGAACCAUCACCUACCGCACCUGAAGCACAAAAGCAGGCCGGUGAACCUCAGGAUACUCAAGAGUCGCAGACCGAAACUACUAAUGGAGCACCUGAGGAUGGCGAUGAAAAGAAGGAAAAGAAGAAGAAGAUUGUCAAAUCUGUUGAAUUACCAAUUGAAUCUUUGGCAUUUGGUUUCUCGCAGGUUGAGCUUAAUCAAUAUACCGAACAGGAAUUUAAGAUGAUUGCAGCUGAUAGGCAAGAAAAGGAAAGAGCAGAUGGACGCAACGCAUUGGAAGAAUACGUAUAUGAAUUGCGUGGUAAGCUUACCGAUGAAGAUAAUUUGGCUCCAUUUGUCUUGGAUAAGGAUCGCGAAAUGCUCGUUGGUCAACUCGAUCAAAUGGAAAAUUGGCUGUACGAAGAAGGAGAGGAUUGCAAUCGUCAAGAAUACCAAGACAAAUUGACGGAUCUGAAGAGCAAAGGAGAACCUAUUCAGAUGAGAAAAUUGGAAUUUGAGCUUAGACCGUCUGUCAUUGAAGACCUGCAAAGAAGCCUACAACUGGGAAUGAAGGCUGUUGAACAAAUGAGGUCAAAUAAUCCGAAAUACGCUCAUCUGACUGACGAGGAUCUGAAGAAAGUGGAGAAUGCCGUGAACGCAUCGUACAAGUGGUUGGAAGAAGCUAGACAGAAAUUGGCUGUCGUACAGAAAUACGAGAAAGUUCCGAUCACCGUCCAACAGAUUCGCGGAGAGAGAUCCAGCUUCGAUAGCAUCAUUAAUCCAAUUUUAAAUAAACCCCAACCAAAGGCUCCAUCCCCACCAAAAGAAGAAGCGAAGGACGGCCCAAAAGAAAAUAACACGGAGCAAAAAGCGGAGGAGGCAAAAGAAGGCGGCGAAUCGCAAGAGAAAAUGGAUUGUUCAUAAAAUCAAUCCGUAAAAUGAUAGUAAAGAAUAAAUUUGCUGUUUCAUACCUUAUUUUGAUACAAUUGGUGAUUUCUUUUUGUACGUAUUAUCUUUUCGGUUCGUUUCAAAUUGCUUAGUUAAUUUAAAAACAAAACAAACAUAUUUCUACUUGGACGAGCAGCAACAAAGCUGUGUAGUUCGUUCUAUAUUUGCUAAUAUAUAAAUAUUAUAUAUAUAUAAUUUUG